AUGGAUGCCUUCUCUCGCUUCAGCCCUGUCCUCUUUGCCCUGGUUCUCCAAGCUGCACGAACGGGCUCUGUGGAAGGGGCCGCCCGCCAGGACCUCAUCCGCCAAGUGGGAGAGACGGCCACUUUCCCGCUGGAGGUUCCGGAGGCGUUCAACAUCUCCAAUCUCAUUUGGAGAUCUUCCUCAAGGGGUCCUAUGCAAGCGGUGGCAUCAUGGGCGCCAGAGAGUACCAUAAAUGUUCUGGGUACAAAUUAUGUCAGAAGAGUAACCUUCCUUGAAGAGAGCUGGACCUUAGAAAUCCACAAUCUGAGCAAAGCGGACGGGGGCUACUAUGUAGUGGUAGAGCCCCAGGACGAUUCUGAUAUUACACUACAGGAAUACCUCCUGGUUGUAUUCGACAUCACCGUCAAAGAAAGCAGUUCAGCAAACGGGAGCUGCAGCCUCAGCUUGCGGUGCGAGGCGGGCUCGGGGGCCUGGACCCAGGUGAAGUACAGCUGGAGUCCCAGGGGUCCAGAAGACCAGGGCUCGACCCUCAACCUCACCCUGCAUCCUGACGAUAAGAAGACACAAUACACUUGUACGGCAACAGCUCUUGGCACUCAGCACUCUGUCUCCAUUACUCCCUACAAGCACUGCCCUGCAUCCUCCAGAGCUGCAGGCCUCCGGGCGCCCGCCUCCAUCGCCCAAGCCGCCUGCGGGCUGGCCCUGCUGCUGCUGCUGCUGCCGCCGCUGCUGUGA